AUGUAUUUCCGCAAUCUUUUCUUGUCCCUCUUCUUGGUUUUCGCCGUCAGUCUCGCGCUGGUCCAGGCCGAGGACGCCCAGAAGGAUCCCCGUGGUCCUAAGAUCACCAGCAAGGUCUACUUUGAUAUCCAGCAUGGCGAUGAGUCCCUUGGCCGCAUUGUGAUGGGUCUGUACGGCAAGACUGUCCCCGAAACUGCCGAGAACUUCCGCGCUCUGGCUACUGGUGAGAAGGGCUUCGGCUACGAGGGUUCGACCUUCCACCGUGUUAUUAAGGACUUCAUGAUCCAGGGUGGCGACUUCACCAACCAUGACGGCACUGGUGGCAAGUCCAUUUACGGCAACAAAUUCAAGGACGAGAACUUCAAGCUCCGCCAUACCAAGAAGGGUCAACUGAGCAUGGCCAACGCCGGCAAGGACACGAACGGCUCCCAGUUCUUCAUUACCACUAUCAUCACCUCCUGGCUCGAUGGCCGCCACGUCGUGUUCGGCGAGGUUCUCGAGGGCUACGACAUUGUUGACAAGAUCCAGAACGUCGCCAAGGGCCGCGGCGACAAGCCCGAGAAAGCCGUCACGAUCGUCAAGAGUGGCGAGCUGGAGAUGGACAAGUCGGAAACCGAGGACAAAGAAGACUACGACGACAACGAACCCGUGGCUGCCGAAGAAGCCCCGGCGAACGACGAGUCCUCCUUUUCGAUGCAACCACUCCUGAUCUUCCUGGUGCUGGUGGCGGUGAUCGGAUUCUAUAUCAGCCGCCGCCGCAGCAGCCAGCAGCAGCUGCAGGAGGACAAGGAGUUUAAUGCGUAG